AAUUGAAGGAAGUAAGGGCAUUGAGAGAUAGAGAAGUAUACGGCCUGGCAGCACAGCUGGCCGCUCCAUCAUCCUCGGUGCGCUUGCGCGCGCUGGAGGCGGAUCGUCGCAUCAGAUUUCCAGAGAGAAAAUUUGCGCCAAUUAAAAUAUGACAUUGUAACGUGUAUCAGUAUACGGAUGAUGACGUAAGGUUGAAUCACGUUGACAGUUGACAUUGUUGUCAACAAUGUUGCAACGAUGUAAAGGUGAUGUAGCGCGACCACCCCAUUGAGAGGUACCUCGCCGGUGACAGUAGCGUAGCAAGGAGCCUUCUCGUUGCGACUUCUGCUCUUCCUUCGGUUCGGCAGUCGUCGACAUCGAAGAAUGAAACGGCCGAGAACGGCCGAGCGCGGCUCCAGAAGCGGCGCGCGUCUCACGCUGGAUGGAGGAUUUAAUGUAAAGAGCAAUCGGUUGAACCCCCUACUGUGGUUGCCGGCGCAACGACGAAGAUCUGUGCCGGAAAAAUCUGAUCUUGAUCGUCCACGAUGACGAACGAGAGACUGGAUCUGGACAAGCCCCUGUGGGAUCUCAACAAUUUCGUGGGAAGAUGGAAAUACUUUGCGUGGAUGACCGAUUUCCGUACUUGCACCGUGUCUGAAUCAGAGUUACUAGCUGCUAAAAAGUUGUGCGAACAGUACAGGCUUGGCAAGGAGCCAGCCGAAACGACCAGAGAGCAAAUCAUCUAUGCGAAGAAGCUGUACGAGUCAGCCUUUCAUCCUGACACUGGCGAACUGCAAAAUGUCUUUGGCAGAAUGUCUUUUCAAGUGCCAGGUGGAAUGGCCAUCACCGGCGCCAUGCUCCAGUUUUAUAGAACAACGCAAGCGGUGGUUUUUUGGCAAUGGGUCAACCAAUCUUUUAACGCUCUCGUCAAUUACACCAACAGAAAUGCUAACAGUCCUAUAACCACCAACCAAUUAGGUGCAGCUUAUAUCAGUGCUACUGCCGCGGCGAUGAUAACCGCGAUAGGAUGUAAAUCAUAUUGGGAGAAGCGUGCAAGUCCUUUGAUGGCUAGGUAUGUUCCAUUCGCAGCAGUGGCGGCCGCUAAUUGCGCUAAUAUCCCUCUAAUGAGACAGAACGAAAUCACAAACGGUGUGGAUCUCAUUGACGAGAACGGCAGAAAGCUUACGAAAUCGAAGCUUGCGGCCGUGAAAGGUAUCAGUCAAGUCGUUAUUUCGAGAAUCAUCAUGUGCGCUCCCGGCAUGCUCAUCCUACCACCUAUUAUGGAAAGAUUAGAGAAAUACGCAUGGAUGCAAAGAAUUAAACCUCUACACGCGCCUAUACAAAUUAUGAUGUGCGGAAUAUCGCUAACGUUUAUGGUGCCAACGGCAUGUGCAUUGUUCCCACAAAAUUGUUCCAUCAAGACAACUACUCUGCAGCGCUGGGAGCCAGAAAACUAUGAAUUGCUGAAGAAAAAUUGCGAAGACGGUGAAAUACCGAGGUAUUUGUAUUUUAACAAGGGAUUAUAAUGUUAUGAAAGAUUCUUAAAGUUGUGUCCCCUAAAUAAGCGUUAUUCCAUUCUUUGUAAAUGUCGUUGUUUCAAUUGACGCAAUCGUGGCAAAUCUUUCUGCUGGAUCAGAAACGAAACGCGUAUUCAUAAUAGAAUUAUUGUUAACAAUUAGAGUCAAUCCUUUCAUCAAUUCUUUCACGAUUUGAAACAUUGCAUUUUGAAAGCAAUACUCCGCACCGAAAUGUUAAUAACAUUAUUAGAAAUUAGGAUUUAGACACAAAAUGUAAUAUCCAUCGACGAAAUACCAUACAAUAAAAAGUCGAGAAUCGCAAUGUAAUAGAAACGAUAAAUAGCGAAAGAUGAAACGUUGACAAUAUAGGUUUGGUGCUUUAUCGAAAUAUACUCACAUGUCAAAUAAUUACAAUCUUAUUAACAAUAAUUUUGUUUUAAUAAACACUCAAUGAUCUUUCUCA